UCAUUAACAUUUACGGUGUAGUGUUUUGAUUAUGAAGAAAUAGUUCGGUUCGGAAUAUUCAGUGAAAAUGCAGGACGAUAAUACUGAAAUAGAUCAAGUUGCAAACGGAGCAGAAUCUGGAUCAGAUCAACCCCGGGAAGUAGAUCAAAAUAAUUCCGGGAGUGACCUAAACGAGACCGACAAAUUGCAUAUCUCAUCAGAUUUUGUUAAUGAGGACGACGACGAUGAUGAUGAUGAUAUUGUGCCCUCAAUUCGGCCGAAGCAGAAGAAGAAGGCGUUUAAUAUAAUGGACAGUGACAGUGAAAAUGAUGAAGAGCAUAAACAGUUUGCCGAGGAAGAAAAUGAAGAUGAAGAAGGAGAUGGGAGUGACGACGAAAGGAAUGUAAACAAAAGUCCUUUCCAAGGGGAUGCAGCCAAAAGUGACAACGAAAUUGAUGACGAUUCAAAUGAACCAGAAGAAAGCAGGAAAGAUAUUCCUGCCGCGAAACAGUCCCCGGUGCCUAAGUAUAAGUCUCUUAUCGAUUCGGACACAGAAAGCGAACCAGAGCAGGAGGAAGUGGUGGAAGAUGAGCAAGUGGAGAGCGACCAAGAGGAUGAAAAUGAAGACGAGCCUCAAGAAGAAAAACCACCUACCAAGAAGAAUGAAUUGCCUAAAAGAAUGUCAGCAAAACAAGCAAUGGAACAAAUGAAGGCAAUCAAAAGCGAAUCUCAGCGACUAUCCAGGGAAUCCUACAUCACAAUCCCUUAUCAUGAACCAAAGCAAUAUUCAUUGAAGGAAUUUAUGAAUAGAAAGACCAUCGCCAAGCCUAAUUCCAGAGAAUCUCAAAAACAAUUCUCCCUUAAGAUGAGUCAAGAGGAACUGGAGGAAUUUGCGAGGCAAUUAAAAGAGCGUGAAGAGGAAGCGGCAAGGUUUUUCAAAAGCGAUGAUAAGAAAAAUAAGACACUAAUCAAAGAAGAGUUGAAGGAAGAGGAAGAAGAUACCGAGAUGCAAGUCAGCGAGCCAAAAACGCAAAUUACAUAUCAAGUAAAUGAAGAAGAGAGUAUGGAGGUUGAGAGCUUAGCCCAAACAGAUAAAUUAGCACAGGAAAAACCAACAAAUGUAUCCCAAAACAAGGUAGAGUCGAGUGUUCUCGACGAAGAGACUGAACUUGUGGAGGCUCCUAUAAGCGAAUCACAGCAAAGUAAGGUAUUUGAUAGCGAAGUUGAUGAACUAUUUACACCAGGUACUCUAGAGAGUGUGACUAUUCCUGAAACGGAAGAGAACGCACCUGAAAUAGAAACAGAAAAAACCGAAAUCGACAGUGUAAAACUAUCUGAUACUGAGCAGAGUGCGCCUUUGAAACUUUCAAUUACAGAGAGUAUACAUGAGGUGCUCAAGGAACGUAACGUUGUUGAAAGUCCUGUUCUCAAAGGCAGCCCCAAUAUGGUAAUUGAUCUAGAAACAGGAGAUGUAGUGCCUUUAAGGCCUUCGGGAGUGGAUCAGUUAUUUCAACGUUUUCUUAAACAUUCCGCGAAGAAAAAAACUAAAGAAUUUACAAAUAUGAGUAUUGUCUCAACGGAGAAUGGAACCCUCGAAAUCACUAACGUAAAUAUAGCUGUUAACGAAGAGGAAAAUAAGGAACAAAAACCAGGGGCCGCAUACACCAAACUCAAGGAUAACUUAAUGAAAGUAAUUAUGAAAAGAAGGAAAGAAGAAUUUCAGAAGAAGAUUCAACAAAAUCAAGGUCAGGAUAAGGAGAAUGGAAAGGAAGGAUACGAGGAAGAAAUGGAGGAGUUGAAGGAGGAACCCUAUUUAGACGAAGAAGAGGAAGAAAUUUUCGACGAGGGCGAAAAUGAACUUGACGAAGGCGAAGAUGAGGCAGAUAAUAAUGAGAAACCUGACAAUGUCACCGACGACGAACACGAAGAAGAUGAAAUUCAAAAUUCCGAAGCAGACGAUGAGUACGAAUCAGGCGAAGAAGAGAAUGAUGAUGAUUCUGACGACGAUGAGCUACCAGAGCCCAAACCUUUUAAAACAAGGAUUAUAUCUAAUUUCGAUGAUUCUGAUGACGAGGUUGAAAAGAAAGAAUCCUUGAACAUCAACACGGCUAGUCAGAAAACCGAUCGUUUAUGGAGUGAAGAAACGAAAAAUAAUUCAGUUGAGGAAGAUGACUUGUUAGAGCUUUGUUCGGGACGUUUCGAUGCAACCCAAAAGAAUUCUGUAAUAAGUCAGAUUCCGACCACGCAACCUGAGGAUGGGGUAGAUGAAAGUGAACUUCUGGCACUCUGCUCGGGAACAUUCCAUGGAACUCAGAGUCAGGUUUACGAUGCUGAUCAGAAUCAAAGUGAAGCAAUUCCAGUUCCCAAAAGACUAGAAUCAUCAGACGAAGAAGCAGAAGAAGAUACUGAAUUGAAGGCACAAGUCAAACAGAAAAAGGUCCGAAAACUGGGUUUUUCAGAUGACGAGGAAGAAAAUGAACAGAUCGAUCUGAAAGAUGACGAGGAUCCUGUCGAUGAUCUCAACCAAGAAGACCUUGAAGAGGAGAAGGAAGAACCAAUUCAAGAAUCCGAAGUCGAAGAUCGCCUAGAAACUUAUAUUGACUACGAUUCUGAAGAAAACGAGAUUGAAGUGGCAAUGACGAAAAAAGAUCGCCAGGAGAGAGCUACGGAAUUUUUCGAAAAAGAAGCUGAACUAUCCGAGUCAGAGUGGGGAAGUGCGGAUGAGGAUGAAAAGGGAAUGGAUCGUUACGAUAUGGAAUUGGCCGAUGAGGAGGAAUUUGAUAAAGAUAAGCUACAAACUGAAUUAGGGAAAAUUCAUAUGCGACGAGUUCUCGACGAUGACAUUCGUGAAGUGAAAAAGCUUCAAGAAAUGUUCUUUGAAGACGAGGAGAAUGAUGGCGUUGGUCGACAAAGGCAGUUCAAAUGGAAAAAUUUAACUGGCGGUUUCGAACUAGACACGGAUGCUGGCGGAGAGGUUGACGGCACACAAGAAAAUGAUGACGAAGGGGAUGAGGCUUUGUGGCGAAAGAUGCGUUUUGAGCGUGAAGUGCUUUUACAAGAACAGGCGGAAAAGUUAGGAACACCAAAUUCAACCCUGAAACCAGCAGUCACUACUUCAAUCGGAAAAAAAUUAACAAUUGUUGACGUCAACUCUCCCGUCACAGCAGCUACAGAGAAAUCGUCACCGUUUUUAAUAGCAAAAGGGAUGAUUUCAAACCGAGGAUCAUUUCUCAUGCGCGAUAAUGACACACUAUCAAAAUUAGCAAAUAUAACUAAAUCGGGCGGAGAGCAAGAGACUGGUGCAAUACAAGUUCGUACAGGGAAGGCAAAGAACUUUGUAUUCGCUUCGAUAAGUUCAACAGAAAAGGAAAACUCUAUGAAGCGAAAAAUGGUAAUCAGCGAGCAAGAGCCUGAGACGAAUUACAAGAAAAAACUGAAAACGAACAUCAAAAGCAAAAUUCGUCUUAUAGAUCAUCUGGCAUGAUUUUUAUUUUUAUCGGACUUAGUUUUUGUAAAAAUCAUAUUGUUAAGGAUUAAAUUAAUAUUUCAAGUGG